AUGUCAACCAUGAGAGCAUUCCAGUUUGAGGAUGUGCAAAGUGGUCUUCAGUCGAGAACGAUAUCCUGUCCCCGACCAGAGCAAGGCCAGGUGAUCAUCCAGGUCAAAGCAGCUGGUCUGUGUCACUCCGACUGCAUCAUCCUCCAGGACGAUCAGUACAGCAUGAUCAUGAAGCGACCGAUAGUACUAGGUCACGAAGUCGCCGGGACAAUCGUUGAACUCGGUCCAGGAGUCUCAGAUUACGAAAUCGGUGACAGGGUCGUGGCAGGUAUCCCCACACAUCCCGUGGCCGAGGACAGUUUAUCCAAAGCAGUCGGGCUCGGCUAUGACGGCGGCUAUGCAGAGCAGACCAUGGCCUGGGUGCAGAAUCUCAUCCGUAUCCCGUCGGCCGUCUCUUUCGCACAGGCCGCUGUCGCGGCUGAUUCGAUCGCAACCGCCUAUCACGCCGUGGUCACCGAAGGUCGUGUUGGUCCCGAUACGACCGUGGCUAUUAUCGGACUCGGUGGACUGGGUCUCUCGGCCAUUCAGAUUGCUGCUAUUCACGGAGCUCGGGUGUAUGCGGUGGAUAUUGAUGAGAGCAGAUUCCCUCUUGCUCGGGGUCUAGGGGCUGUCGGGUGCGCCAGCGGACUUGAUCAAUCCCAUGAUAUUGCGUUUGAUACUGUGGUUGACGUUGCUGGGGCUGGCAUAACGACUGCGGCAGCAGUGAACGCCGUCAAACCAUGCGGUCGCGUGGUAGCCGUUGGUCUGGCUGCGAAGCAGAUGAGCUUGGAUACUCAUGCUUUAAUCACCAGGAACAUCACCCUGCAGGGAUCAAUCGGGUCAAGUCUGGAAGAGCUAAAGGAGGUCUUAAGCCUCAUCGCUGACGGACGCCUUACUCCCAUUUUAGAGGAGAUUUCUUUCGACAGUAUUCCAGUGGGACUGGAGCGAUUGGCGGAAGGAAAGGUGACUGGUCUAAACUCCAACCCCUCAUCCUUUCUCCCAAUUCCAAUACUUCCAUCUCGGUUCUCUCCUGCAUUCAUCCGCAACGGAUCAGCCACUGCUGCGAUGUAUGAGUGUGAGACUUGCAGGGACACCUUUUGGGACCAAGAUGACUACGAGUGGCAUAUGGAAGACUACGGUCAUUGGCCUGAAUGUGAGACAUGCUAUCGCACCUUUCGUAGUUCUCGUGCUUGCCGUCAGCACAUGAAUGACGCCGGGCACUGGGCACCUCGUUUCAAUUGUGAGACUUGCUCGCGGGAUUUUGGCUCCCAGAAUGCUGCCAAUCAACAUAUGACGGCAGUGGGACACUGGGCUCCCAGAGUGCCUUGUGAGACUUGCAACAUGCGGUUUUCCACCGAACAGGCGGCGGAAAUGCACAUGAAGAGUAAGGCUCACUUUAAAAACUACUGCCGUACUUGUGGAAUACGAUUCCGGAGCGAGAACGAUCUCCGUAUGCAUCUUAAUUCGAAGAUUCAUCGCGGAAAGAAUGUCCAGUGUCCAUUCUGCAUGGCUAAUUACACUUCCGCCAGUGGCCUUGCCCACCACCUGGAACGAGGCUCCUGUCCUCGUGCCUCCACACUCAACCGAGAAACCAUUCUCCGUAUAGUUCACGAGAGAGAUCCGCAGGGCGUCAUUACAAAUAAGCAAAUCGAGUGGCAUAAGGAAGACAGUUCCCACUACUCUGCUACCGACCACGCCUUCAACGGAUCGUGCUGGGAGUGCUACCUAUGCCAUCGGGGAUUCCGCUCGGUCACGGCCCUGGAUUCACAUCUCAACUCUUCGGUCCAUAAGCAAAACGUGUAUCAUUGCCCGAACUCCAAUGGUAGAUGUGUCAAGCAGUUUACCACCCUCGCUGCGCUCUUUAACCACCUAGAAAGCGAGGCAUGCUCGUUUAUGCGGUUUGAGAAGGUACGGAAGAACGUUGACAGAAUUUUCCAGUCACGGAAAACAAUUUCUUUCUGA